UCCUGAAGCAGAAGGACAAAGGAGCGUUUCCUCAGCACCAGACAUCAUCAUUAUGGAGCAGUCCACCCUCUUUCCAUCCUCACCCAACCCUUUGGCACUGCAAAUGGAGGACGAAGAAGAGUAUGUCCCCAUAGAAGAUCUUCCCUCAGAACUGGAGACCACACUCCGGUACCUGUCCAUCAUCAUUUAUAGCAUCGCGUUCCUACUGGGCACCACGGGCAAUGGCUUGGUGAUCUGGAUUGCUGGAUUUAGAAUGAAGAGGACAGUGAACACUGUGUGGUUUUUAAACCUUGCCAUCGCCGAUUUCAUCUUCACGUUCUUCUUACCGUUGAGUAUUGCGUACACAGCCCUUGAGUUUGAUUGGCCAUUUGGCACCCUACUAUGUAAACUCAACAGCACUGUGGCUUUCUUGAACUUAUUUGCCAGUGUCUUCCUCCUCACUGUCAUCAGUGCUGACCGUUGUGUCUCCGUCGUAAGACCUGUAUGGGCUCAAAACCACAGGACCACUAGGCUAGCCAACGCCAUAGCACUUGCCAUUUGGCUGCUUGCCUUUUGCCUCUGCUCACCAUACCUGGCCUUUAGGGAUACCAUAAGAGAUAACGAAAUGAAUGUGACCCAUUGCUAUAAUAAUUAUGCCUUUUCCAGUGACUUUGAUGACUUGGAGGUGGUAGCCCUAAGAUCCAUGAGGCACCAGGUGAUGAUCUCCGUCCGUUUUCUUUUCGGGUUCUUGUUUCCUUUUGGGCUCAUCUUAGUUUUUUACUCCUUGAUGGCCCUUAAGCUGAGGAGGAGUCAUCUUUCUUGGUCCAGUCGUCCUUUCAAGGUCAUGGCCACGGUGGUAGCGGCUUUUUUCCUUUGCUGGUUCCCCUAUCACAUCCUUUCAGUUCUCGAGGUCGUCAUGCACCACUGCGACAACAAAGGGUUAAAAUCAGCGGUACUUAUAGGAAGUCCUCUCGCUACUAGCCUGGCUUUUUUCAACAGUUGCCUGAAUCCCUUCCUAUAUGUCUUCUUGGGGAGGGACUUCAAGGAAUCUUUGCGCAGAUCCAUCCUUUUGGCCUUCGAAACUGCGUUUAGUGAAGAACAUGGUAAAAAUAGCUAUAGUCAAGGGAAAUAUCGAUCGGUCUCUGACCAGGAGUCUCAGUUUACCUGACUGAGCUUGGACUUUCUGCAAUGAAUUUUUGAAAGGAUCUAUGAAUUUAUGUUCACGAUCACUGAUUUCCACAACCCAAUUAUAUGGAAGGAUCUCAGUUGGGUUCAUAUCGGGCCAAUAUUAAUGACCAAGGGACCAAAUAUCUUAGUUUCUAAGGAGACUUAUACUCUGGGUUUUACUGAGAUUGUGGUUAUUAAUGGCUACUUUGUGUCAGUGUAGUGUAAUUUGCGCCCUGUGGUUGUUUUUAGACAACUUGAAUUAUAUGGGUUUUUUUUUCAGCUGAACUUUACAGAUGUAGCAGAGCUGAAUUUACUUCUCUGCAUUGCAAUGUUUGUGACUCUACAAAAGCAGUCAUAUGUAAAACCACACGGAUUAUCUCAAUAUCAGUGAAUAUUAUAACUUGUAGAGAUCCUCAGCACUUUAUAGAUAUGUAUUUAAGCAGUUAUCAUGGGGUCAGGGGUCAUCCCAUUGAAGACCAUUAAAGAAAGAUUCUUCCCAGUCUGAAAUGGCUGAUAUCUGGGAUUCUGGAUUGUAUAAUAGAAAUAAUGAUUUUACAGCUCACACAUACUA